GCGUCUCUAACGUUGCAAACGUCUCUCCACCCUACGCUUAGAGCGAGCGGAAGUGUGUCUCCAAACUCUUGUUGGAUGUCACUUCCGGCGUGUGGGCGCGCGGCUUGAUUCGCUCAGUUGGGCUGACUUGGAGGGCUUCGCUGGCGCUGAGGCCGCCGCUGUUUCGGAAAUGGCGGGUUAUUGUUUGCUGGCGGACAAGUUACAGAAACGCUUUCACCGAAGGUGGAAGAAAGGCAGGGGGAGAACUGCCAUGGAGUGUGGCAGGUCGGAGUAGGGCUCUCUGCUAUGGAGAAGAAAUUGGCUGAGUAUAAGUGUAAUACAAAUGAAGCAAUUCAUCUAAAAUUAGUUCGUUUCCCAGAGGAUUUGGAAGAUGACAGUACAACAUUUCAUCCAGAGUUCAGCCAUCAAGUUUUUGGGGAUGAUGAGGUUGCCUUUGGUUACAAGGGGCUGAAGAUUCUUUUGUACUAUAUUGCUGGUAACUUGUCAACACUGUUUCGCAUUGAUUAUACAUCCAAAGUUAAUGAGAACUUUGACUGUGUGGAGGCAGAUGAUGUGGAAAGUAAAAUUAGAGAAAUCAUUCCACCAGGCUUUAGCAGGAGUACAGAUGACUUUGUAUCUGUGCUGGAAAAAGAGGUUAAUUUCAAGCCAUUUGGGAUAUUAUUACAUACAUAUUCAGUGCAUAAUGAAGAAGCAGGUGGAGACGUAAAAUAUCAAAUAUACAAGGCUGACAUGGCAUGCCCAGGCUUUCGAGAGUAUCAUGAAAGGCUUCAGACCUUCUUGAUGUGGUUUAUUGAAACAGCUAGCUUUAUUGACGUGGAUGAUGAAAGAUGGAACUACUUUCUAGUAUUUGAGAAGUAUAAUAAGGAUGGAGCUACGCUCUUUGCGACCGUGGGCUAUAUGACAGUCUAUAAUUACUAUGUGUACCCAGACAAAACCCGGCCACGUGUAAGCCAAAUGCUGAUACUGCCUCCAUUCCAAGGAGAAGGUCAUGGGGCUCAGCUUUUAGAAACAGUUCAUAGAUACUAUAUGUCAUCCCCUACAGUGCUUGAUAUAACAGCUGAAGACCCAUCUGAAAAUUAUGUGAAACUUCGAGAUUUUGUAUUAGUGAAACUGUGUCAAGAUUUGCAUUGCUUUUCUCCAGAGAAGCUCAAGCAAGGUUUCAGCCAAGAUAUGGUAACAGAAGCUCAACAAAAGCUGAAAGUGAAUAAGCAACAUACAAGACGGGUGUAUGAAAUACUCCGGCUGCGUGCAACAGACAUGGGUAAUGCAGAACAAUCCAGAAGCUACCGAUUGGAUGUGAAAAGAAGACUAAUGGGCCCUUACAAGAAAAAGCAAAGAGAGCUUGCUAAGAUGAGAAGAUGUUUGAGACCAGAAGAGUUAACAAACCAGUUGAACCAAAUAGACAUAAAUUUGCAACACAAACAGUUAGAAGAAACCUUCCAGCAGCUUGUAUCAGAUUAUCGAAGGGUCUUAGAACGGCUUGCUCAAGUCUGAGGAUUCUCUACAGGAAAUGUGAAGAUUUCUGUAUAUUGUGUUGUGAAAUACAUCCAUGAUCACUGCUUCACUGCAAAAUUUCAUGUGACAUCUUAAUCACUUUCAAGAUGACUGUGGUGGUUUUCUGUGCAUUUUGAAUAUUUUCUAUUUUUGUGUUGUAGAUUUUAAAAAGCUGUACUUAGAUUUUGGGGCACUUUGCUGAAAUAAAGUAGAUUGAGAUACACUAA